AGGAGGCUGUCUGCGCGCACGCACAGUCCACUCCGCCACCCGCUUGCAACCCGGCGAACGUGCCAACCGAUCGCGGAAUUUCAUAAAAAAUCAACAACAAAUUUAAAUUUAGAACUCAGCAGGUUUGAGUUCACGUGUUUUGCAGCCUGACCGAGGAGUCCGAAAAAGUUUUAUUGACCAUAGAGUUUGAUACUUUUUGGAAGGUUUCCUUGUGCAAUGGCGUUCCUGCAAGGGCCAUCGGCGAAGCAGUUGGAGAUAAUAAAGCAGGAGAUGGGGGAGGGUCCCGGGGACAUGGACCGCUGCGUGCGGGACCUGCGCUCCAUGUGUGCCGCCUCGCCGCACCUGCCACAGCCUGAUGUGUUCGACCGUCCCUUCCUGGAGCUGUUCGUGCGCGGGUGCCGCAUGGACAUGGAGCGAGCGCGCAAGAAGCUGGACCAGUUCUGUGUGGCCCGCACCCGCUACCGGGACCUGUACGAGCACCGCUCGCUCACCGAGCCGCCGCUAAACGACAUCUGCAAGUUCAUGGACAUCGUAUCGCUCCCUCUCCUCACGGACGAGGGCGCGCGGGUGACCAUCUUCCGCAUCAGGCCCAACUACCCGGAUAGCAGCUGCGACGUGGCCGCCACCGUGCGCGCCGUGCUGCUGCUCAGUGAUGUCAGGAUGCGGGAUGAGAAGCCCAUCGCUGGAGAUGUCUUCGUUUGGGAGGUGUCAGCAGUCCGCGGCGGCAUAGUCUCCCGGGUAGCGUCGGCCAUCACGGCGAUCCGGCGCGGCAUCCAUCUGGCGCACGCGGCCUACCCGCAGCGGCUCAAGCGCAACCACAUCGUGGGCGCGCCCGCCUUCCUCGCCUCGUCGCUGCAGCUCAUGAGGUCCUGCAUGAACGAGAAGGUUAAGAGACGGUUCUACCUACACGCAAAAGUAGACGAGCUGUUGGACCACAUCCCGAGCCGAGUGCUGCCCAUAGAGUACGGCGGACAAGAGGAAUCCAUCGAUAUCCUGGCCAGAAAAUGGCGGCAAAGGACUGACGAGCUCCGCGAAUAUCUAAGAAACCUGAAUGAAAUGUCAAAUGCUUCUGCACCCAAGCCAGACAACGACAUCUAUGGAACAGUAGGAGCAUUCAGAAAACUCGAUAUCGACUAGCAAAAUCGACGCCCGACACUAUGGGUACACCAUUGGCGGGAUCUUCGACUGCUAUUGGUCGAACGCGCGCCACUGUCGUUUACGUAAGGGAUGUGAUGAGUUUAUCGAUAAUAUAAAGUUGGUUGGAAAGUUUGUAUUGUAGCUAUGAAUUGUACCGAUUGGAUAUGGUUGAGAGCACACAAGCGUUACUUCGGUUUGUAAGAAUCUGAGGCAUCCUAUAAAAUAAACUAUGUGAUUUUCGUUAAUAUAUUAUAGAUAACCUAGAAAUAAGUUGCAUUAUAGUUAAGUCUAAUUUAAAUUAUGAAUUAUACCUUAAUAGUAGGUAAAUAAACUAUUAUAUUUCUACAAUAAAUGAUGUAAGUAGGCACAUAAGUAUAAUUAAUAAAAAAAACUGUAAGAAAAUA